AUGUCCUGGUUACUGAAUUCGCUCGUCGGCAGCCCGCGAGCCGACGAUGACGACGACGACGAAGAGGAGAACGAGGAGACUCUUCUUCCCGCCGCGGGCUCCUCCGACAAUCCCGACAGCCCCGACAGCGCAGCGCGGGACGCGGCGGCAGCGGCGGGGGUGCGCGACGACCUCACGGAGCUGCAGCAGUCGCUCACCAAGCACUGGCGGGGCGUCGCCUCCUUCCUCACGGGCGAGCCCCGCCGGCCCGCCUCCGCCCUGCAGCCCCCCGCCGCCGCUUCCGCUUCCGCUUCCGCCGCCGUUUCCGCCUCCGCGGACGACGCGGCGCCUGUGGAUCCGCCAGCGCCGAUGUCGCCUGAGGAGACGGCGGGGCUGUCGCGCGACGAGGUUCGCGCGAUGCGAUGGCGGCAGGAGUUAUCGCGGCAGGCGGAAAAGGACAAGGACAAGGAGAAAGGCAAAGCCGCCGCCGCUGCGGUGCCGCCAGGCCGCGGGGGUGCCGCCGAAGAUGCGCAAGGGGCGGGUGAGGGGGGAGCGGAGGGGGAGGAAUCGGAGGAGGAUGCGAGCGCGCGCCACGCGCGGCUGUCGGGGGUGCGCGAGGACUUGGCGGAGCUGUCGCAGCGCGUGAAGCGCGGGCUGACGUCCGUAAUCCGCGUGGUGACGGGCGACGACGCCGCCGCCGGCGCCGGCAAGGCCGCGAGGGCAGGCGAUCGAGGAAAAGCGCGGCGGGGCGAAGGAGACGACGACAGCAAUGGAGCGGAAGAGGAUGAGGAGGGAGGGGAGGAGGAGGAGGAGGAAGACGACGAAGAGGAAGGGGAGGAGGGCGAGGGGGAGGAGGAGGAGGAGGACGGGGGCGAUACGCUGUUAGAGGCGGCGCAGGAGGACAUUAAAGCCAUCUCCAGCACCCUCGCCACCGGCAUCACGGGCGUCGGCCGCCUCGCGUCGCGCCUCUUCGCCGCCACCGACGCGCAGCUCGGGCGCGCGGAGGGCUCCGGCGGAGACGGAGAGUACGCGGAGGGCGCGGGCGCGGGGAUGGGGGAGGGGGAGGAGUUCGGGGAGGCGGAGGUGGCGGUGGGCGUGACGGCGGACGUGGUGCAGUUCGCGCAGAACCUGUCGGGGCACCCCGAGACGUGGAUCGAGUUCCCGCUGCCAGACGAGGAGGACGAGGAGGAAGGUCAGACUCCCCGCCCCGCGCGCUCGCUGCCCGCGCUUCCUCGCGUGCAUUCUAGGCAUUCUAGGGGACUUCGAGGUGGCGGGGUCGCAGGAGGAGCACAUAGAGGCGGUGGAGACUUUGAGGUGGCGGGCUGCCAGGAGGAGCACAUAGAGGCGGUGGAGGCGAGGGUGCCGCGGCUGGUGGCGCUGCGCAUGGAGCUCACCCCGCAGCACCUCAGCGAGCGCCGUUUCUGGAAGAUCUACUUCGUGCUGCUGCACUCCCGCAUCCCGCCCGCUGCUGCCGCGUGCCUCUCCACGCCCCCUAUUCUGAGAGCCAGGGACCAGGUAUUGGCAGCGCUACGCCAGCAGUCUGCAGCAGGCACGGCAGGAGACUCGCCCUCCCCUUCCCCUUCCGCUGAUGCUGCCCCCACCGCUGCUGAUGCUGCUGCUGGUCAAGGGGCAGAGGGGGUUAAGGCAGGGAGUGCACUGCACCAGGUGGGAGAGGAGGGAAAAAAGGGGGCGGGUGAGGCAGCCGGGAGCAGUGCUGACGUGGCAACAGCAGUCGCAGGUGUCAGGGAUGAGGAUGCGGAUGAUGAUUGGCUGGAGGAGGAGAGUGGGGGGGUGCUGGGUGGUGGAGGAGGGGGAGGGGGGGGAGUGGGAGGAGGUGCAGGAGGGGUGGAUGAUGGGGAGGAUGUGUCGUUCAGUGACUUGGAGGACGAGGAUGAGGAGGGGGAGAAGGCUAAAGCAGACAGUAGCAGGGUGCAAGCGGGAAGCAGCGAAGCAGCAGCAGUGACAGCAGCAGAAUCAGGAGCAGCUGGAGCAGGGGACGGGAAUGAUGACUUGGAUGAUGAUUUGGAUGGUGAAUUGGAUGGUGAGGAUGACACUGAGAGAGAGAAUGUGGCCGCUGUUGCUGCAGGUGAGGGUGCGAGCGCUGUUGGCAGCAGUGCUGUGCAGGGCGAGCAGACACAAGGCCCUGCAGGAGCGGCAACCGCAGCUGAUGAUGCUGCUUCUCAGACUGCUGCGGCUGCUGGGGAGGCAGGGGAUAAAGACGAUGUUGCUGAGGCAGGUGCGAGUGGAGGAGGUGCAGAGGAGGAGGGUAGCAAGGAGGUGGGGAAGGGAGGGGCUACGGAGGUGAGCAAGGAAGGCUCUAAGGAGGGAUCGCCUAGGGAUGGUGAGGGGGCGGAGUGGGUGGAUGUGCAGGGGAAGGGCAGAGACGGGGGCAAUAGUAGCUCCAGCGGCAGUGGUAGCGGGUCGGAUAAGACCGACUGGCUGACGGUGGGAGAGGAGGAUAUCGCUUGA